GAGCGAUGGCCGGACAGCUCGUCUGCUCAGGGAGCAAAAUAUUCCCCUAUAGAUCAUGAAGUGCUUUUAAGGUUGCUGAAAAGUGCCUUUCCUGAAGCCACCGCUGCUUGGAUUUCUGUCUAGGGCUGCCUCUCUCUUCCCCCUUCACCCCCCUUUUCUUUUUAAUUUGGCGUUGCUUGCAGUUCAUACCCUGACGGCAACUCAUCCACCCUUUCUUUUUUUUUUUUUCCCCCCUCGCUCCCCACUUACACGCAGUUUGCUCAGCCAUUUUUUCUUCUCCCGACUAUGUAGCAAAUAUUUUAAAAAGAGGGGGAAAAAGAAGGAAAAAGCAAAAAGAAAAAUUCUAACAUCCUUUUGCUCGUUUUGAUGCUCGUGAACCGUAAUUUUUAGAAGCAAGAAAUAGAAGGAAAAAAAAAAAGUUUUUCUCCCCAAGGACUGAGACCAUUCCACAAACUGAAGUGCUGCCAACAGCAUAUGCUUUUUGCAAGAAUAAUUGAAACCAUUAACUGGAGAGCACAGAAUUCUUUUGAAAGUCUGCCAGUUAUUUUCAAGUAACUUAGGCAGUGGCACAAAAAAUAACACUUAUAUUUUAACUUCUACAAUUGCACUUUUAGGAGCUGGCCUCUAAUUUGAUUUUCAGUUAUUCUGAUAAGAUUUCUAUUUUAUGAUUGGCUUUAUGUUUAAUUCUCGUUUAAACAAACACAAUUUGACUUAAAUGAAAACCUAAGUGCUGAAGAAUAGGAAUUCUACCAAAGCAACAAGUUAGUUAUUUCUUCACGUUUAACUUGAAUUCACUUUUUUACCCUUUUUUUAAAGAAAAAGAUCAGCAGUAAAUAUUGCCCUGAAGAAGGGUGCGAUUGCUUGCAUUUUAAUUUUUGUUUUUAAUAUGGCUGUGAACGUUUCCCUGGUCCGUGAUACAAAAUGGCUGACGUUAGAAGUGUGUCGAGAGUUUCAGAGAGGUACUUGUUCUCGGUCUGAUGCAGAGUGCAAGUUCGCCCACCCAUCCCGGAGUUGCCAUGUGGAAAAUGGUCGAGUUAUUGCCUGCUUUGACUCCCUAAAGGGCCGGUGUACCCGAGAGAACUGCAAAUAUCUUCAUCCUCCUCCACACUUAAAAACACAGCUUGAAAUAAAUGGACGCAACAACCUGAUCCAGCAAAAGACAGCCGCAGCCAUGUUUGCUCAGCAAAUGCAGUUCAUGCUACCGGGCGCGCAACUACAACCAAUUACAACGUUUCCUGUGACUCCAUCGCUUGCAACAAGCCCCACAAUGGCUUUUAGUCCCUACCUGAGUCAUGUUUCCCCUGGGAUGGGCUUGGUUCCUGCAGAGCUUUUACCAAAUACUCCUGUCCUGGUUUCUGGGAAUCCUACUGUUACAGUACCAGGAGGCUCUGCUGGACAGAAACUGAUCCGUACGGAUAAACUAGAGGUUUGUCGAGAGUUUCAGCGUGGAAAUUGCACACGUGGUGAGAACGAUUGCCGCUAUGCUCACCCUAUAGAUAUUGCAAUGAUAGACACAAAUGAAAAUACUGUUACAGUUUGCAUGGAUUACAUCAAAGGUCGAUGCUCUAGGGAGAAAUGCAAGUACUUUCAUCCCCCUGCACACCUGCAAGCCAAAAUCAAGGCAGCUCAACACCAGGUGAACCAGACAGCUGCAGCUGCAAUGGCCCUGCCGCCUGGUGCACUUCAACCUUUACCAAAGAGGCCAGCACUUGAAAAAAACAAUGGUGCCACCACAGUCUUUAACCCAAGCGUUUUCCACUACCAACAGGCUCUAGCCAACAUGCAGUUGCAACAGCCUACAUUUAUCCCUACAGGGUCAGUUCUGUGCAUGACACCCACUGCAAGCGUUGAUAUCCCAGUUAUCAGUAGAUGAACUGAGUAGCAGCAUGUUUGUUUCACAGAUGUAGAAGUUCCCGAUAGAACACAGACCAUGUUGAAAUUCUGAACAGUAAAAUUAUGGAGCACCAGGACUUCUUGGUGGGAAGCUGCGCAUGGCCUUUCUGUAUAUACCCCCUCUUCCCUCUAUCGUUCUCCACCACCUCUACAGUAAGCCUGUUGCAGCCUACAUGUUAACCAAAAACUGAUCAAUGGGAAUGUCAAAAAACAAAAAAAAAAAAAGCACUAUAGAAACAAUUAACAAACCGCGUUCUGUUAUAUGAGAUAUACAAGUAGAAAAUUAUAAUAGACUUUUAUAACACAUUUACUUUAACACACUUAAUCAUUUUAUGACUACCAUCCUGAUAAGUGCAUCUGCACAGCGGACUGUUGGUUUACUGUAUACUAUCGAUGGAUAAAUGUUUGUCUUGUUUUUAAAGUGUUAUCUUACUGUUUUGUUUACAUCAUAGUCUAUUGAUUUGUUUUAAAGUGUACAUCAUUAUCAAGUAUACUCAAUACCAUUUUUUCAUUAUUGUUAUGUCUUAAGUUUUCAUAUACUGUAGGUUUUAUGGGAUUUUGUUUGUUUUUUACUAAAAAUGUUAUUGUGGGAAACAGGAAUUAUGUGCUUGAAAAACACGACACAAGAAUGUUCUGCCCUUUUCUAGAUUUUGCUGUUAAUGUCAGCUACAGUUGCUUGUGUUAAAUGCUCCUUUAUCAUGUAAAAUUUGCCUUCAGAUAGAGUCUCCAAAAUUUAGUACAAAUGACAGGAAAGGACAGUUGUCAUUUUAGUCCAGUUCAGGGUACUCUUUUAAAUACAGUGAGCUGAUUCUGGAAACACAGAAAACAAAAACACAACCUGCACUCAGUGAAAAGUAAGGUGACAGGAAGGAUUUGCUCAGAUUGUGGAAAGCGUCAAGGAGUUUCUGCAGUUCUGUUGUACAGUGAAGUGCAUUCUCAGCUGCAAAUGGCGCACAAUCUUUCUUGCUAUUCUCAUGGUGCAGUCAAAAAAAAUAGACGGAUAAGUGAGACAGCUUCAUUUGGGCAAAGAUGCAUUUGCUUUGGAGAGGAACAAGCACCAACUGUUAGCUACAAAACAUACAGCUGGAGUAGACCCAUAACCAUGACUCUGCCCAAGCUGGGUGAUAGUGUGCAGGUAGGUUUAUCUCCAUUGAGCACGCUGCAACAUUUCAGCCUGAAACCUUACGUGGCUCAUCUUGACAUUUCAUCAGUGUGCACCAAUUAUUUACUCACCAUUCUCCUUAUGUUGGUGACAUUUCCCAAGAUCUCUGGCCCUUUAAAGCAAGCAUACCAGUAACAAGCAAACACGAAAAAUCUAAACUUAAGCUUUCCACCAUACAUGGAUAUUCUUUUUAAUGGAGUUCCUGUAAGUCAGUGGAUGUGUUUUGGCAUCUUCUACUUGAUCAAGAGCAAUGUUUGUCACACAACAAGGGCUAGUUCUCAACACCUCCUUUUCACGCGCAUGAAUGAAACUAUUUCCAGCCCGUGCACCCUAGACAGCAGAGCCUGUCAUUACGCUGCGUUGCUGAACAGCCUGGCUACACAAUGAAUUUGAUUUGAGGACGCACCAAAUUCAUCCCUAUCAAAGCUUUAUAAUAUCAUUAGCCAUUAUGGAAGAGAUGGAUUUGCUCCUGUAAAUCUGUGAACUCCAGAGAACUAUAAACUGCUCGGAGAAAGAGAAUCAUUGUUAAAACCAAACAAGAAGCAAGUUGCUAGUGUCCGGAGGGUCUGCACUCUGAGCUCACCGUGGUCCUGUGGGGUGCCAGAUUUUGACAACCAGAUCAUGUUUUCUUUUCAAAGUUCCUAGGCUUUGGCUAGAGGAUUUCCUUGCCCCCUCUCCUCCAAUGUGAGUACAGAUACAUUGGUAGAUACGUAUUUAUGUGGGCCACAAGUGAUAGAGGCGCACGCAAGGCACAACUGGUGUGCCCCAGACCAGGCUGUGACCAUCUGCUGUGGAGAUUUCUUCAUAAGCAAGAACCUUGGAAGAGUCCAAUUCAGAAAAGCCUUGGGCCAGUAGAAAUCUUUCCAUUCAUUUCAGCAGGCUUUGAACCAAACUAUGAGAGAGGGAAGAUUACCCCCACAGCACUCAUUUAUGAACCUCACGUUUUGACGGUCGCUCGUGUCCAUAGAUGUUUCCCAGCCAUCAGCGUUGAGAAGCAGACAGUGUUGCCUGAAAUCAGUGACUCUCAUUUAUAUUGGCUACUGCAUACCUGUUCUUUUAACCGCUGAGUUUCUGUUUCCCAAAACCAUAACAUUGUUAGUGGAAAAAGUGGAUUUGAGUACUUCCUGUUUGAAAUUAUUUGUGUAUCAAAAUGGGUUUUGCACAACCUGUGCCAGUGCCUCAACAAAGAACAGAGCUGAUCUUCUUAAGCCAGAAAGGAUGCAUUCAAGCUUGUAUGGCUUUAUGAGUUAAAGGAGGUUGGAACUUUUUCAGUGCUAAAUGGAUUUUUGUAUAUCUUGACACUUUGAUGUAACCUCCUAUUUUAUUUAUCUACUUAAACAUCUGGCAUAGAUGUGCAUAGAAUGUAAACCUAGAAUACAGCUGUUUUCAUGUCACAUUUAAAGCACUGAAAAAAAAAGCGUUUAAGGAUUAUUUUUUAUUAAAGAGGUCCAAUGAGGGAUGUUCAGGGUAGUUAUAUUAGGUGCCACAACAGUUUUUAUAUUGCUGGCAAAUUUAGAGUUAAUUUGUAAAUGAGUUUAAGGAAAGAAAAGCUUGAAGCACUAAACUUCACCAAAUUCAAAACAAUCUCGGCAAAAAUGCCAUUUUGAGGUAGCACUAUUUAAACUAGUUGUGCAAUGACUUGCUCUAAUUUUCUUUGUUCAAAAAAGAAAAAAAAACAGUCGCCAGACUAUAAAUUUCCUAAAUAGACUAUUACAAAGUCACCGAGCUAGUUAGUGACUCUAAACAAAUGUCAUAAAAGCAUGAAUAUCAUCCUUUAUUUGACAAGAGAUGUAUGUAAGUUUGUUUGAAUCAAUAUAAUUUUAGUGACAUUUUUAUAAGCUUCCCACUUUCCAUGAACCUAUAUUUUUUAUUUAUCCAAAGUUAUUUCUCUUUGUCCAUUUCUCUCAGCCUUAUGCAAACAAUAUGCAAGAAAUGCUGAAACUUGGAUAAAACGGGUCAUGCAGAGGGAAAAUGAAAGCUGAGAUUGAUCAUUUUCACAAAAAAAGGUUGUUAGUAGUUUCAGUAAAAAAAGAUACUGCUACUAAACUGUAACAUAAGCAGACAAUAAAAGAGGGAUUUAAAAUAAAAUGGAUUCAUAAAACUAUUAAGAUUAUUUUUGUUAAAUACAGUGUUUUUAGUAAUUUGGAACCUGAUUUCACAAUCAACCAUGUUUUUUAGUUGGAGAUUUCUAGCUGAUGAUUUUUGACUUUGUAUUUUUGCAUCGUGAUGUUCUAGAGAUCAUUACCUCCCUGGCCAGCCCCCGCCGGCCCCGUUCCUGAACACUCUGACGCACUUUCCUCUCUGCCGUAAGCGUCGUCUCGCACUGCCCUCGGGGUGUUCACGAGCGGCGGCGGCG